AUGAAGAAGAAUUCGGCCGAUCACGGCCAAAAAAACGAAGGACGCUUUCCAUGGGUAUUUAAAACAGAGGGAAGCAUUCAUUAUUUCAAAAAAUGCGAGAAAAAAGUCAUUUAUUUCUCUGUAAAAGAAGUUGACGUCAAAAAGAUUGCUGAAGAUGUAUUUAACUCAACUGUUUUAGGUGUCGGUAUUGAUUUAUCGCCAAAUGGAUCUGUUAGAGUGAUUUCAAUUUGUAGCAAAACUUACGUUUUUGUUAUCUCGAUAAAUAAUGGUUAUAUCAUCUCAGCUUUAGGAUCAUUCCUUAGCUCUCUUAAUAGCAAAUUACUUGUUGGCUAUAAUAUCGAUAGAAAUCUCUCUGCACUCAAAACAGCGCAUGGAAUAACAUUAAACGUUAAAGAUUUACUUUUGGACCCAGAAUAUUCUGAUGGUAUCAAAGCAAUGAUUGAUGAUUCUGAAAUAAAGGAAGUUUUUAAACGCGGAGAACUCGAUAUUCAAAAUGUUGCAAAAUUUGAGACAUUAUUUUCACUUUCCAAUCAAGUAAUGACCGCUAUUACAUUCCCUGCAGUGUUAUCCUACUACUAUAUCACCUCAAAUGAAGGAAAUAGGCAAGAAGCGAUUCCAUUACCACAUAAAGACUUAUUAAGUAAUCGUGAAAUCAUAUACAAAGUUCCAUUUGCAUUACUUCCUCCUGAAAAGCCAAAAAUUAUUCACAAAAUUACUCCAAUUAACAAUACAAGUUCAGAUUCAAUGCAAACAAACAAAACAUCAAUAUCAUCACAACCAGCGUUAGACUCUACAUCUCUUAAGAUCUCUUCUCCCGAUCCAAACUACAAACCACCAGCACCAAAAACAUUUGACAUUGAUUUACAGAAAACUAUGGAAGAACGGCCGACAAUUGCAUUACAGCGUCAAAGUCCCGUUUCAACUCCCCUUGUUAUCACUCGAAGAUCCUCAAUUCCAAAAUUACAUACGGAAACUCCUCCUCCCCCUGAUGUUAAACCAGUGACAGAAGAAGGCAAGAGGCACAGGAAGGAGAGUUUGCCCUCAAAUUCUGCAAAACCAAUAAUAGUGAAGUAUAAAAGAAGAAUUUCCACAAACAACGAUAAAAACUGCCCAAUAUGCAACAAGCAGCAUACAACAAGCGUUGCCGUCGGUAUACACAUUGUUUCUGACCAUGGAAUCGAGUUCCAGGUCGUAAAUAAUUUCAAGCGAGUCGGAUGUCCGAAUUAUGUUUGCGCCCUUUGUAAUCAAUAUAUUCCAUCGAUCGAGAUGUUCAUUACCCACAUUGUGGACUCACAUACUCAAGAAUUAUAUGAAUUUUUCAAAUCGAUCGAAAUUCCUGAGAAAAAAGAAGAAGUUCUCGAAUUUAUUUCAAACCUUGCAGCAUCAGCAGUCGGAACAAUCUCGGAAGAAGUUUUUAAUGAUCUCAAAAAGAUGGAACUUAAUCUUGUCAAAAAAGGACAGAUGAAUAAAGAACUCAAAUGCUUGGCUUGCAACGAGACAUUUGAAACUCACACAGAACUUCUAAUGCACUGCUGGACUAGUCACAAUUAA